UCCUUCUCAUAACGAUGACUCACAUGACGCAUGUCAAGAGGUAUUGUAUUAUACUUGUUCACAAGCUUUGUGGUGUAAUACGAUAAUACCUACAUGUAUUGUUCGUGUAAGGCGUGGCUGUUAUUCUAUAAGUAUAAAUAAGACCCGAUUCGUCCAACUCGGCACUCUGGCUGGCGACAACCAUACCUGAACGGCAGUACACAACACAAGGCAAGGUUAACAACCAAUCACGAUGGCCUUCACCGGAAACUGGAAGCACGUCAAGUCGGAGAACCUCGAUGAGUAUCUGAGCGCCUUGGGCGUAAACAUCGCGAAGCGAAAGAUCGUAGCCAGCUCCAGCCCCCGGGCAGAGAUCCAACAAGAUGGCGACAGCUUCAGGAUCAAGACCAUCGGCCCCCAAACCAAGGAGAUCAGCUUCAAGAUCGGACAGAACUUCGAAGACGAGUUGCCGAUGGGAAAAGUCCAGGUGACCCCGAGUUGGGACGGAGGAAAACUGCGUUUCGACAUCGACUCUCCCAAGGGCAAACUGGUGACCGAACGAGAGAUUCGGGCUGACGGUCAGCUGUACAUGGUGAUGAAGGCAGCUGAUGGGACCACGUGCACCAGGAUCUUCGCCAAGGAGUAACCACGGCAACGUGUUACCGUGGCAACGCGUCACCAAGGCAACGAGUGUAAACUCGUCACAUAGAGGCAUCGCCAUGUAGCAAAUAUGGCGACUGGCAACAUUUUGUAACUCAGUGUAGUAGACAUAGCGAGUAGCGAUUUUAACAUGCAGUAGUAACCACGAUAGCACCAAGUAACCAUGGUUAUCACCAAGGCAACUAGCUACAUAAACAAACAGUAGUAACCAUGGCAACUAGAAACGUAGGAGACAGUUGAUUGGCGGUGUUAACUUGAUUGACAUAGAGUAACCAAAGGACAUAGUAGCCAGUAACCUAGCAGGUCGUUACCAAGGUAACUAGACAAACAGUAGUAACCAUGGCAACUAGAAACGUACGAGACGGCAUUUGAUUGGUAGUUGGUGGUGUGAAAGUUUGAUUUUCUACGUCACGUUUUCUACGGCUGGUUUUCUAUAGCAGAUAAAGCACGAUUUCUGUAGAACCUGAUGGGAAAUAAAAUUCACUUCAAUUCAGUACA